CCCCCCCACACUCCUCGCCUCUCGCGACGUCGUUCAAGGCGGUCCGCCAUGCCCGGCUCCCCCGUCCUCCUCCCACCAACCACAGCGCACGCAACCAUCCCGGCGGCGGCGGCGGCGGCGGCGACGUGCUGGUGAAGCCAUGCCUCGUCAGCCUCCUCCUUCCUGCGUUGCAUUGCUUCGUCUUCCGAGCUUCCGUUCCCGGUAGGGCGUCCGCGUUUCUUCUCUUCUUCUUCUUCUUCGUUGUUUCCUGCGGGGGGGAGUGGCGGAUCUCGAAUUCGAGAACGUGACGAGCAUUUAAUGAUCGAUUCCAUUCCCGUUCGAUUCCAUUCGCGCGUGUGACCUUUAAAAUCAGCUGCCGUUUUUUGUCCUUCUCUUUCCUUCGUCUCCCGCUGAUUCCGAAACGGCGGCGUGAUGUUCUCCGCCCGGAGUCGCUGAUUCGUUCCCGGCCUCCGCGGAAGUCGUUAUGGCCGAAAGGAACAACCCGGCCCUCGGGAUGCUCUCCCGGAGAUCGCUCUUCUCCCUGUUCACCGCCACGUCCGUCGUGUUCCUCCUGUCUUGGUUCUUCGUGCUGCAGUCCGCGGGGGGCGGCGGCGGCGGCGGGCGGCCUCGCUUCAUCGACCACGGCUUGCAGCCCACUGCCAAGCUCCUCGCCACGCUGGACGCCGGCAGCCGCGAGGGCCGGGGCGAGAACGAGGUCAAUCCCUCGGUCGGGAACCGAUCGAUUCUCAUGGACAGCGAGGAAGAAGCCGGCGAGGCGCCGAGAGCAAAGGCGGAUGUGAAAUGCAGCUUGCCUGAUAGUAAUAAUAAAGUGGCCCUCAAGGUCUACAUGUAUGAUUUGCCCCCGGAAUUCCAUUUUGGACUAUUGGAUUGGAAAGCCGGAGGGAACCGCAUUUGGCCGGACAUUCGGGCUAAAGUUCCGGAUUACCCUGGUGGAUUGAACUUGCAGCACAGCAUAGAGUAUUGGCUGACUUUGGAUCUCCUCUCCUUGGAGUUCGCUGAUUCGUUGGGCGGUCGCGGGGCGGUCAGGGUCCAUAAUUCGAGCGAAGCCGACGUGAUAUUUGUCCCGUUCUUCUCUUCCUUAAGCUACAACCGGUACUCGAAGGUGAACCCGCAUCAAAAGAAGAGCAAGAAUAAGCUGCUGCAGGAGAAGUUGGUCAGUUAUUUGACAGCUCAACCAGAAUGGAAGAGGUCCGGUGGAAGGGACCAUGUAGUUGUGGCUCACCAUCCAAAUAGCAUGUUGGAUGCAAGGAUGAAGCUGUGGCCAGCUAUGUUUAUAUUAGCAGACUUCGGGAGGUACCCUCCGAAUAUCGCCAAUGUCGACAAGGAUGUGAUUGCUCCAUACAAACAUGUGAUCAGGAACUACGCUGAUGAUACCUCGGGUUUUGAUAGCCGUCCAACUUUGCUGUACUUCCAAGGCGCCAUAUACAGGAAAGAUGGUGGAUAUGUGCGGCAAGAGUUGUUCUAUCUCCUAAAGGAUGAGAAAGAUGUACAUUUCUCAUUUGGAAGCGUUCAAAAGGAUGGAAUCAGAAAAGCUACACAAGGAAUGCGGUCAUCCAAGUUUUGCCUCAACAUAGCUGGUGAUACCCCCUCAUCCAAUCGCCUCUUUGAUGCCAUUGCCAGUCACUGUGUCCCGGUCAUCAUUAGUGAUGAAAUCGAGCUUCCGUAUGAGGAUGUCCUCGACUACUCCCAAUUCUGCAUCUUCGUUCGUACUUCUGAUGCUAUAAAAGAAAACUUCCUCAUAAAUUUCAUUAGGAGUAUUGGGAAGAAUGAGUGGACCCGAAUGUGGCAAAGGUUGAAAGAGAUCGAGAAUUUCUACGAGUAUCAGUACCCGUCCAAGGAUGGAGAUGCUGUCCAAAUGAUAUGGCAAGCCAUAGCUCGUAAGGUUCCUUCCAUUAGAUUGAAGUUGCACAAGUCUAGGCGCUUUGCUCAUUCUCUGGGCCACACAGAAAGCGGAUUGACGUCAUUCCAAUCACCCAAAAAUUUUUGGUGAAAAGAUACACAUUUCAUUCUUUGUGGCUCCUUUUUUUAAGAGCGUUCGACAUUGUCCUGCUUGAGAAGACAGAGGGCCACAUGUCCUCUCACUGCAGAUUUUGAGACUGAAGCUGUAAUUGUUGCGGAGAAAUAGAAAGGAAUGAAGUAAUUGUCUGAGCAA